GGAUUGUUUGGAUCGAUUGCGGUGGGCUGGCCAAUUCCUCUUGUUCACUUUCUUCGGAGUCCCUACUGCGUCUUUACAUCACCCAAUUUACCGGCCCGUGCCUAUCCAGAAGGGUUUCAGGGGAAUAAAAUCCCACUGGACGCCGACGCUGUAAUUAGACUUGUAGAACAUCGCUUGGGUAUGGAAGAAGAGGAUUUUGACGAUUAA